GCGGCUAGCCUGGGACGAGACAGACCAGGCAGGGACUUUUCCAGGCUCCCCCGCCCCGAUCCCCCAGAGCGCGGCCUCCCCGCCGUCUGGGACCAUGUGCAGCAGCAGGGGGUGAUGACUGGCUCUUGGCUCGCUCGGGCCAGCCAGGCCACAAUAGCUCUCAUGCCGCUGGCUGCGGGCGGAGGGAGGGGAGAGGUCCCGGGCGGGCGGCUGUGGAAUGAAGCGAGGCAGCCGCAGUUGUCAGUCCCGUCACUGCUGCUGGAAGAACAACGGGGGGCUCCGGUUUCUGCCGCGGAGGCGGGGGGGGGGGGCGCGUUAACCUUUGCGGCGCGCAGCCUGCCAGCGACGCCGGGGAUGAGCGGGGCAGCCGGGCUGAGCCGCGGAGGGCAGGUCUAAGGGGCAGAGAGCGGCGCUCGGGCGGGGAGAGCCGCUGAGCCGAGCCAGGGUCUCCGAGCAUGCCAAGCGCCCUGUGAGCCGAGCUGCUGCGGCCGCUGCUGGGAUGAGCGCCUCGGCUGCCACCGGGGUCUUCGUCCUGUCCCUCACCGCCAUCCCCGUCACGUACCUCUUCAACUUCCUAGCCGCCAGCAGCAGUUCCUGGGCAAUUGUAGCAGUUGGAUCCCUGAUUCUGAUUUUCGUUGCUCUAGUAGCUCGUACUCUGGUCAAAAGAAAACCUCCAAAAGACCCACUGUUUUAUGUUUAUGCCGUAUUCGCUUUUACCAGUGUAGUGAACCUUAUAAUAGGACUUGAACAGGAUGGAAUUAUUGAUGGGUUCAUGACCUACUACUUGAAAGAGGGUGAGCCUCAUCUGAACACUGCAUAUGGCCAUGUGAUCUGCUACUGGGAUGGCUCUGUGCAUUAUCUGAUGUAUCUCUUAAUGGUGGCAGCUAUUGCAUGGGAAGAAAGUUACAGAACCAUUGGCCUAUACUGGUUAGGAUCCAUUGUCAUGAGCAUUAUUGUCUUUAUGCCUGGAACUAUUGUGGGUAAAUAUGGAGCAAGAAUGUGUCCUGCUUCUUUCUUAAGUGUACCGUAUAUUUGUCUUCCUAUAUGGGCUGGGUUCAGAAUCUAUAAUCAUCCUUCUGUGACUUACAAUACUCCCAUCAAGGUGAUUCAGAAAGUCCAGAAGAAAGGACUAUUGAGAAGACCACUAGAUCUAAUGUUGGCUAUAUAUCUCAUCCUAGCAACUGGGUUUUGCAUAUUUAGGGGCAUGAUUGCUUUGGAUUGCCCUGCUGAACUCUGCCGGUCAUAUAUUCAACUUCACGAGCCCUAUAUCAAGGAUCCUGCUGCUUAUCCUAAACUUCAGAUGCUGACAUACAUGUUCUACUCUGUGCCUUAUUAUAUGAUCGCACUGUAUGGCCUACUGGUGCCUGGUUGUUCUUGGAUGCCUGACUUAACCCUUAUACAUGCUGGAGGACUAGCCCAGGUCAGCCUGUUAAAAAUCCUGAGAAAUCUCUUAAAGAAGACUCUACAUGCGAAAGGCAAAUCAUAUGGUUGUGGAAAUGCUGUUUAAGCAUUCAGUCCUGCUCAAGUGCUGAGCACUCCAGGUCUCAUCCAGCUAAGCAUGAAUGCACAUGCUUAAUCAUUGAAAUUGACAGGACUAUUCACAUGCUUAACUUUAAGCACAUGGUUAACUGCAUUGGUGAAGGGGGCGUCAGAGGACUCAGCACUUUGGAGAAUCCAGGUCUUAAACAUUUCCAGGUGUUUUCAGAACAGAGUUUUCCACUGAACUUCUCUAUACAGCUGCUUUUGCUGCUGGUAUUUUGCCAUAAACAGGCAGCAGCUAAUAUAGAAUUUAGUAAGGCCUUGGCUGAUGGAGCUUUCUAUUUGCAGUUAGAAGUAUUUCUAUUACAUCAGAAUAUCUUUAUACUAAAAAUAGUACAUUGCUGUCUCAUUUAUGGAUGAUAAUAGGGGAUAAACUUAAUGGGAAACAUUUAAUGCUUGGGUAUUUUAGAAUUUCUAAAUUUGGAGGGUUCCUUUUUAUAGUCUAAACAGAGUGUUGGCUCAUCCAUGUGCAUGUUUCAACCUAUACGGGGGGACUUUCAUACUUCAACUGGAAAAUGUCAAACCCUGAGGGGAAGUUCACAGCAGUGGUCAGAAGAGAGUGUCUAUGCUUUACAACUCUAUCCAGAAGAGCAGGAUUCAAGACUCCCAGAGCAUGUGUUGGUUGCAGUGUUGUUGUAGCCAUGUUGGUCCCGGGGUAUGAGAGAGACAAGAUGGGUGAGAAGCUCUGUGGAGCUUCAAAGCUUGUCUCUUUCACCAACAGAAGUUGGUCCAAUAAAAGAUAUUAACCCAGCCACUUUGUCUCUAUCGUAGCACGUCAGUCAAUGUUUGACUGUCAGAAAGGAGCUCAUAACAUUAAUUUCCUCCAGGAUCCAAACCUUCCUGGGUGUGGAGUCCUCCCUUAUAUAUUUGAAUUCAGCUCCAUCCCAACACAUUCUCCCCAAGAAAAUAAAACAAGAGCUGUUCAGCCGUCGCAGGAUUUACUGUCUCACAAACAGGUAUCAUGCCCCCAAUGUUUCCUCUAGUGCUUUCAAAGAAACUUUGAAUAUGGUCAAGGUGAAUUUAAUAACCUCUUGUUAUCCAGGAAAAAAAAGCAAUGUACAGAAAAAAAAAAGAUCUCACCUGGAUUUGUAUCUGUUAUUGUCAACUCAGUGUUAACAGAAUGUUUUGCUUUAAUACUUGAGUUACAUUAAUACCUCACAUUAUUACACGUAUGAAGCCAAAUAUGACGCUAACUUAGUUGCUUACAACCUCAAACCUUACUCCCAAUACACAUUCCAAUAAAUUUAUUCUGUAAAAACAAUACAUUUUUUGUUUUUGUUUUUUUGUUUUUUGUUUUGUUUUUUACAGUAAACUUGUCAACUACAAACCUUGAAUACGCAAAAGAUGUUCCAAGGACAAGCAUAACAAGGAUUGAUAAAACCAGACUAAAUAUGUUUUCACAAUAAAAGCUGGCAUAAAAAUAAAUAAAAUUCUCUAUUAUCACAAUAGCAACAAUAAUGUACACAGAAUAAUGGUUUUGGAAUGCUUACUUCCUAGUCUAGAUCUAUUUCCAAAAUUAAAACCAAAAACCAAAAACCAAAAACAGAAGAAUGACAGGAUCCUUUUUUAAGCCUUUCAAUACCGAAAAUUCGAUGUUUUGGUUUGGUUUCAUAAGGUUUCUGUAUCACAAUAAGCUUAGAUAUGGAAAGCAUCCAAAUAAAUGAGCUCAAAUUGUGU